AUGUGUUAUAAUGAAACUGUAACACACAAGAAUUUAUAUCAAUUAUUUCUUUGCUCUUUCUCUCAGAAAGAAGAUGUCGAAUCUGAAGAUGAUGCGAAAUUGGAAGUAGAAGAGCUAGCAAAGACCUUACCUCAAGGAACUGAUCAUACUCCGCAUAUUUUAAGUUCUGUUCUCUCCGGUCUUCCAGAUCGUUGGCGAAAUUGGAUAAUUAGAACUAUUUUUACAUGGUUUAUGAUAGCUGGUUUUUGCCUCAUUAUUUAUGGAGGUCCGUUAGCAUUAAUGGUAACGACAUUGAUUGUGCAAGUGAAAUGCUUCGAGGAGAUUAUUAAUAUUGGAUACGCUGUAUAUAGAAUUCACGGUCUACCAUGGUUCAGAUCUUUAUCGUGGUAUUUUUUAAUAACUUCAAAUUACUUUUUUUAUGGAGAAAAUUUAAUGGACUACUUUGCAGUGGUGAUUAAUCGAACGGGAUAUCUACGUGUGCUGGUUACAUACCAUCGAUUUAUCUCAUUCUGUCUUUAUAUUGUUGGCUUUGUAUGGUUCGUACUCUCGCUUGUGAAAAAAUAUUACAUGAAACAAUUUUCGCUAUUCGCUUGGACGCACGUAGCAUUACUUAUUGUUGUGACACAAAGCUAUCUUAUUAUUCAGAAUAUAUUCGAAGGAUUGAUAUGGUUUAUUGUACCUGUCAGUAUGAUUGUCAUAAAUGAUGUAAUGGCAUAUAUGUUUGGUUUCUUUUUUGGACGAACGCCAUUAAUAAAAUUAUCUCCAAAAAAGACCUGGGAAGGUUUUAUUGGCGGUGGUAUUUCGACUGUCAUACUUGGAUUACUGAUGUCAUACGUUAUGUGUCAAUAUCGCUACUUCGUUUGUCCUAUUGAGUACAGCGAAACUCUAGGAAGAAUGACUAUGGAUUGCGAGCCGUCGAGUUUGUUCCAACCACAAGAAUAUACAUUGCCAAAGAGUCUUGAAGUGAUAUCAAGAAUGUUAAAUGGAAAAUCUACUUUGACGUUGUAUCCGUUUAUUCUGCAUUCGUUGUCGAUGUCAUUAUUCAGCUCUGUAAUUGGACCAUUUGGAGGAUUUUUUGCUAGCGGAUUCAAACGAGCAUUCAAGAUUAAGGAUUUCGGUGAUGUAAUUCCUGGUCAUGGUGGAAUAAUGGAUAGAUUUGAUUGUCAGUAUUUGAUGGCAACAUUUGUGAAUGUGUAUAUUUCUUCAUUUAUCCAUACUGCAACCCCUCAAAAGUUAUUGCAACAGGUUUAUAGUUUGAAACCAGAACAACAGCUGCAACUUUUCCAAACUUUGAGAGAUUCAUUGGAACAUAGGGGUAUGCUAAAUUAAUAUUUUAAUAAUCGAUUUAAAUAAAAUCAAUAUUUUUUUAAGUUGAAGAUGUAUUUAACGGCAAAACUGCUGCAGGGAUUAUUUUUACCUAUUAGAAAAUAUUAGAAAAGAUUCUUUCUCAUCUUUUCUAAUAUUUCAGGAGACGUUAUACGCAAAUGACAAUGCAAUCAGUAUCAAAUAAUUAUAAUAAUUUGUUAAACAAUGAC